CUCGAGACAGGCUGGUGCGCUAUAGAGAUAGAUAGAGAGACUCAGCGGCCAGAUAACGCCACAGUGCGGGAGGCUCACAAUCUAUAUAACCUGAGGAUCAAAAACUCAAUAUCCACGCUGGGAAAAUGGCACUGGCAGCAUCGCUGAUCACGUAUUAUUUUUACGGGUGGAAUUUUAAUUUCUGCGAGAGCUGCUGUCUUUCGCGAGGACCGGGACAUGCAGGUCAUGCACAGCGGUUUGCGGAAGGAGAAGAGGGCUGUUGGCAUCCGUCAGGCUCCGAGCCGCGCCGGCAUGGAUGUGGACGCGCAGUGACUGCCCUCGCCGGCGGCUUCGGGGGACAGAGCGGAGAGGAGCAGAAAUACACUUCAUUUGCGCAUCACGGGACAAGCCUAAAGUAUUGGUAUGGCUGAGAAGUCUCUGGAGCCUGGGUCAGUCGCCAUCCCAAUGGAAGAGUCCAUACGUAAUGGGGGAGGCCAGGAGCCAUCCCUGCUGACGCACCUGAAGAAGGUCGAGAACCACAUCACAGAGGCCCAACGCUUCUCUCACCUCCCCCGGCGCUCUGCCGUGGACCUGGAGUUCACCGAGCUGUCGUACACCAUCCGCGAGGGGCCGUGCUGGAGGCGAAGAGGUUACAAGGCCCUGCUCAAGUGUCUUUCCGGAAGGUUCUGCAGCCGUGAACUGAUCGGUAUAAUGGGCCCAUCAGGGGCUGGAAAGUCCACCCUGAUGAACAUCCUGGCCGGCUACAGGGAGACAGGCAUGAAGGGGCAGAUUCUGGUGAAUGGGAAGCCCCGGGACCUGCGUACCUUCCGGAAGAUGUCGUGCUAUAUCAUGCAGGAUGACAUGCUGCUGCCGCACCUGACCACGCGGGAAGCCAUGAUGGUUUCCGCCAACCUGAAACUGGAUGAGAACAUGGACAUGAAGAAAGAGCUGGUGAAUGAGAUCUUGACAGCACUAGGACUCCUGGAGUGUCUCCACACACGCACCAUCUCCCUGUCGGGGGGGCAGCGCAAGCGUCUAGCUAUUGCCCAGGAGCUCGUCAACAACCCGCCAGUUAUGUUCUUUGAUGAGCCUACCAGUGGGCUGGACAGUGCCUCCUGCUUCCAGGUGGUGUCCCUUCUGAGGUCUUUGGCCCUGGGUGGGCGCACCAUCAUCUGCACCAUCCACCAGCCCAGCGCCAAGCUCUUCGAGAUGUUCGACAAGCUCUACAUCCUCAGCCAGGGCCAGUGCAUCUACAAGGGCACCGUCACGUACCUCAUCCCCUACCUGAAGGGCCUCGGUCUGCACUGCCCCACCUACCACAACCCCGCAGAUUUCAUCAUUGAGGUGGCCUCGGGGGAGUACGGCGACCUGAACCCUGUGCUGUUUGAGGCCGUGCAGGGGGGGCUCUGUACUCAGGAAAGCAAGAAGAACUCCAGUGAUAAGAAUGACCCGGCGUCCUCCAGUCUGUCACAGUGUCACAAUGAUUCUGGACAUAUUGAGAAACACACCUUUGCUACGAAUACCCUGACGCAGUUCUGCAUCUUGUUUAAGAGGACCUUCAUCACGAUCUGCAGGGACAUGGUGUUGACCCACCUCAGGGUGAUGUCUCACAUCUCCAUCGGGGUACUUAUCGGCCUACUGUACCUCAACAUCGGCAACGACGCCAGCAAAGUCUUCAACAACACUGGCUUUCUCUUCUUCUCCAUGCUCUUCCUCAUGUUCGCGGCGUUGAUGCCUACUGUGCUGACAUUCCCUCUGGAGAUGUCUGUGUUUAUAAGGGAACACCUCAACUACUGGUACAGCCUGAAGGCCUACUACUUGGCUAAGACUAUGGCAGACAUCCCAUUCCAGGUCAUCUGCCCCAUCAUGUACUGUAGCAUCGUGUACUGGAUGACUGAGCAGCCCCCGGAAGCAGGCCGCUACCUGCUCUUCAUGGCUUUGUCUACCUCCACCGCCCUGGUUGCCCAGUCUCUAGGGCUUCUGAUUGGAGCUGCAUCCACCUCACUUCAGGUGGCCACGUUUGUAGGUCCUGUCACUGCCAUUCCUGUGCUUCUCUUCUCUGGAUUCUUUGUUAACUUUGAUACCAUCCCCAAGUACCUCCAGUGGAGCUCCUAUGUGUCCUAUGUCAGGUACGGCUUUGAAGGGGUGAUCCUAUCCAUCUACGGGCUGAACCGCUCAGACCUGGAGUGCCCGAUGAAGGUCUGCAAGUUCCAGAAACCAGAGGAGGUGCUCCAGCUGCUAGAUGUAGAGGACGCCAAACUCUAUGUGGACUUCAUGGUUCUGGGGGUGUUCUUCUUAGUCCUACGGCUGGCCACCUACCUGGUCCUUCGCUACAAGGUCAAGUCAGAACGAUAGGCAUCCCAAGCCCCCCCCCCCCCCCCAGGACUA